CCGCGCCGCGGCCACCGUCGCGUCGCCCCGCCCCUGCCUGAGACGUCUGACCUCAUCGCGCUGCCGACAGCAUUUCCGUUACGUCGGAAGGACCCCUCGGAGCCCCGCCCCCUCCCGGGGCCACCGUCCCCUCCGGAGGGAAACCUCUCUCCUCCCUUUCUUUUAUUUUUUUCUCCCCCCACACAACGCAUUUCUGCACGGAGCUGUGCCCUGUAACACGGCGCGGUGCCCUUGGGGGCAUUAAGGCGUUUGGCGUCAUCAUUACGUGUAUCGGGGGGACGGAUGACGGCCCGAUGACGGAGGCGCGUGACGCAGCGGCGGGCGGGGUCCCCCCGGUGCCGGCACGCGGCGCUCCGCCCCCCCCACCCCUCUCCCUCCCUUCUCUCCCUUCCUUCCCCCCGCUCUUUGCUGGCGCUCGCCGGGCGGCUUCGGGCUGCUGCCUCCCCCUCUCCUUCCCGCCUUCCUUCUCCCCUCCGCCGGACCUGAGGAGAGACCGAGGGCGACCAUGAAGAUCUGGAGCUCGGAGCACGUAUUCGGACACCCCUGGGACACGGUGAUCAAAGCUGCUAUGAGAAAGUACCCCAACCCAAUGAAUCCCUGCGUGGUAGGGGUGGAUGUCCUUGACAGGAGCCUUGAUAAGCAGGGGAGGUUGCACAGUCACCGCCUUCUCAGCACAGAGUGGGGAUUGCCAAGCAUUGUAAAAGCGAUUUUAGGAACAAGCAGAACUCUAACUUACAUUGAAGAACAUUCUGUGGUAGAUCCAGUGGAAAAAAAGAUGGAGCUUUGCUCAACUAAUAUUACUCUCACAAACUUGGUGUCUGUUGAUGAAAGGCUGGUUUACACACCUCAUCCUGAAAACCCUGAAAAAACUGUGCUAACUCAAGAAGCAAUUAUUACUGUUAAAGGCAUUAGCUUGAGCAGUUAUCUGGAAAGCUUAAUGGCAAACACAAUAUCUUCUAAUGCCAGAAAGGGUCGAGAUGCCCUGGAGUGGGUGAUCAGCAAACUAAACACAGAGCUGGAGGAGCUGAAGUCAACACGUGAAGGCAUGAAACCAACCAUGGCAGCAGCAUCAUCAGAGAAAUAAAACCAAAACCACCAAGUAACUGACAGAAGAAUUGUACUCUGCAGACUGCUUUGUAGAUCUCCCAAGGCUGAUCUGCACAGGUUUUAUGUAUUUGUAAGAAUACUGAAUCAGUGGAAAAGCAACCUCAUCUGUCACCUCCACAGCAGCUCUUGCCUACUGAAGAUGUAACUGACCUCCUGAAGAUGCAUCUUUCUUUUGAACAAUUUAUUUUUAACACUGGAAACAAAAUAUAUAGCACAUUUAAAACUGCCUAAAUGUGCCUUGUAUAACAAAGGUAGAGCGUAUGUUAUAUUUACACCAUCUCAGCUUUUCACGCUCAAACUUGAAAAGAAUGCAUGUGUGGUGUUAAUGGUUUUCUGUGCAAAUAUUUGUUCUGUGAAGGGCUGAUAGGUACUGAAGCACUGGAUUUUGUCUGGUUUGUACUCUGAUGGUCCCUUAUGACUGUUUAAAGGGAACUACAUCAGUUGGAACAUGAUGGUGUAGAAUUAGAGAUCUGUGUAGAGGAUCACCCCGAAAAGCUAAGCACUUGUGCGGUACUGACUUUUGCUGUGGUGUUUAAAUGUGCUGCCUGAACAUGACACACAGACACUUUACUUUGUAAAGUUUGUAUCCAAGCAAAGAUAAAUUUUCUAUUGAUGUUAAUAGCCUAAAUAAUUUUUUUGGUGGGGAAAAGGGUGUAAUUUAUUUUCAUAUUUAUUAACUUGCCCUAGUUCCUCCCCUCCCUGUAAGGAGAGGAGGAGUAAUUCCUGGAAGGUGCUGGAAAAGACUUCUCUUAUUUAACUCCAAGAAGGGCACUUGUAAGCUACUCGAAAGAAGAGGCUGUGCUGUUCUGCUGGUCCUUGCUCUUCACAUUAUAUCUUAACUGAGGGAGAGACUGAUGCAGUAAACAGAAGAGCUGAAAUGAGAAAUAAGCAGGAAAUGCUAAGAGUAAGGUUUCAUUCAACAUACACGUUUCAUGCCCUGAGUGGAGAAAACGGGAGUACAAGAAGUACAAAUGGACUUUCCUUUUUGAUUGAUUGUCUUCUACUGACUACAGUGUAAUUGAAUUUUUUUCAACACUUUUCCACAAAAUGGUUUUAAGAUCAUUUUUAAUGUUUCUCAUUAUCUAGAGAAAUACUCCAGUAACCACAGAAAUUGCUUUCUGUGAAACAUGCAUAAGUGUAUAUGGGUAGCAGCCCAACCCUUGUUUGAUGUUCUCAACACUUGCAUAUUUGGUCCAAAUGUAGUGUAUGUUUCUUGGACAACCCUCUCUUAGGGCAUUUUAACUUAUUUUUUGAUGUGCACAGAAAGUGAAAUAAAUGUUGCAAGGAUGUUUACUAAUUGAAACGGCAAGCUUGUGUUUCAGAAGCUGUUAAAAUGCAUGAACAACUUCUAAAAAGCUAGAAGGAAAAAAUGUUGGUCGCUGUUUUGAUCUGGUAAUUUUAAAGUGUCUGUUGCUCAAGGGACAUUUCUGCAUUAAUGUUCUGUUUAGUUAGAAAGUAAACAUUAUUUUGGCUGUAACUAUAGCCUAGAAAAAUUACCUGAUUCUAAUGAAUAAACUAAAAAUAGCUAAUAUUUA